UCAUUUUAAAUGUUUGAUUGCGCUUAGAAUUGCGUUAUUUCGCCUUGUUUGUAUUUUUUUUAUUGUUUGCCUCGUUUUUUGCUUUUAUGGCACGUCUGAAUCGAAGUUAUCGCUUCGAGUGAAAGUAGGGUUAUGCAAUAUGUUUUUACUACAAAAGCCACGAUAUCGUAACAUUUUGCAUUUUUUCGUUAUCACUUGCACCAAGUAGCACAUGCCGUAUCAAGAUUUGUACCAAAAUAUCCGCAUUCUUUUUAUUUUUUGCCCGAUUGCAAAAUAAAUGAAUGGGAUUGUCCAGUAUGUUGUUGUGAGGGGGGACCUUUUAAAAGAACUGGGGUGGCCCGUGGGGGCUGUUAUCGCACAAGCGUGUCAUGCCGUAACAGCAGUCACACACUUGUUUCAUGACGAUGAACAUGUGCAAAUGUAUCUAAAAGACUUGGAUAACAUGCACAAGGUCGUACUUGAGGCCCCCGACGAGGGCAGUUUAAACAAACUGAGAGAUAGUUUAAGCGAAAAUAAUAUCAAGCAUAAGUUGUGGAUCGAACAACCGGAAAACAUUCCUACGUGUCUGGUGGCUAAGCCGUACCCCAAGGACGAGGUCCAGAAGUACUUCAAAAAAUUCAAAUUAUUUAAAACGUAAUCUUUUAUUUAUAUAAAAGUCAUAAAUUAAGUCUUUUUAUGUACAGAAAGAAGCUAAAUAAAGCCGGUUCUGUUUGUACAA